CGAUAAUGUGCUUACAUAAAUAUGCAGACGCUUGGCCGGCCAAUGCCAUUUGCGCUUGGCGCAGAAGCAUUUCUGUGUGGAACAGAGAUCUUCGAUCUUCCAAUCUCCAAGAUACGUUGGUUCGUGGUCCAGCGCUAAGGUCCAACAGCGUGGUUGUCACCUCCAAGGAUCAACUCGCAUUCACGCAAACGGAAGUUUUAUCACACUCCUGUUACUUGCGAGGGGCCAAAUGCACGAUUCACACGGAGGAUUUUUUUCACGAUCGAUCCUCAAUUCAAAUUCGGAGGAUUCAGCCGUGGAGUAGGAACAGAGGGGUUUGCCGAGAGUUGACGGCUGUUGGCGGGUGUAAACGAUCAACGGAUCGACAAUGUUGCGAGCUGACGCAGGAGUCACAAAUGCAGGAAACGUGUGACCGAAACACAGACCUAUAAUUUCAACGCUGACCUUGGUGAGUCUCUUUUUCUUUCGCGCUCCUUAUGGCAUACAGCUCCGAUGCGGUGAAAUUAGAAAGCUCACCCUCACCGUCCUCUAGCAUCGCCCCCACGUUCCGGUUCCAACUGCACUCUCCGCCGGAAACCGCGUCGCACCCGCCCUCCCGCGCUCAGACUCCUGGACUCGCAUUGCCCGCAUUCCGUUUCGGCGCUGGCGGCAGUGCAAGUGCGUCGGGCGCACAGCCAACGCCAGCCAUGGCCUGGCCUGCGGGAACACCCGCAUAUACCCUUCCGUUUGCCGACUACGAACUCGAUCAUGAUGAUGAUGAUGAGGAAGGAUCUGGCCCGACGGGCAAGGACAAGGUGGUGAGGAGGCGGAGUAGCAAAGCAUGCACAUUCCUCGGUCCGAGUCGCAAACGCGGUCCGCCGAAGGGUUAUAUCGAUGCAAUUGAAGCACGGCUGCAUCAAACCGAGGCGCUCAUCGGCAUUCUUCUUACGGCAGCGGGUGUCCGUGCUGAGCCGACGGGGCUAGUAGACGCGUCGGAAGAGGAGAACGGUGGCGCACGGAAGGAGAUUGACCGCAUGGCACGGUCGGUGCUGAUGGACAUGGCAGAAGAUCCACUUGCACGAGCUAUUCUCACGCGAAUCGACCAGAGCGCUUAUGGACCAGGUGGUAGAGCCACUUUGGGAACCGGAUUUAACGGCGGAGGCUCCGGCCGAGGAAGUCCGAGUGGUCGAGCACGAAGCACAGGGCCAGCCACACCCAGUCUGAACUCCAGCGGCGAGAUUUCCAGCACACAUCCCUCACAUGAAUGGAUGGAUCGCGUGACUUCACAUGUCCUUCUCCGAGCCCGAGAGCGGCACCAUUCUCGUCCACCCUCCAUACGGGCCUCCGGCUCUGUCACACCCAACGGAACCCUGUCGCCAUACCGAUACGCAUAUCCCCAGUCAGCCUCAUCGCCCAACCAGCGCACAAACCAACUGCCAGCCAUCAUAACUGCUUUGGGAGACUAUGCCCGACCCUCCUAUCCCGCUUCAGCUGGAGCAGCUGAGCCACGCGGAGCAUUCGGACCUGAUCCGCGGUCCUAUCCGGUCUCGGCAGGCGCCGCUGUCUCGAAUGAGGCACGACCACUCACUGCUCCGGGAAGCACAGAAAGACGACAGCGGCGCCGGAUCGACGAGACACUGUACAGCCCCAGCAGAGAUCCAUCACCCCCUGACACGGAGAGCGAAGCCGAACUCGACAUCGAUGUUGGGGCCGAGCGCGACGAAUCUCACCGGGGCCGUCGGCGACGAAGUGAAGAAAUGGCGGGUCUGGCGGGUGCUGUAGGCCAACUCAGUCUGAACGAGGAUAAACAAGUUCGGUAUCAUGGGAAAGCCAGCGGGCUUCAUCUGCUUGCCCGACGGCCUGCAGAGCGGGAAGGAUCUGAAGAUGGGCGCAACAUUGGUGGAAUAUGGCGGUUCCCCAAAGCUCGAGUAUGGCCGGCGGCUCCGGAGGAGUGGGACACCGAUUCUGAGCGCGACGGGGACGGACUACCUUCUCGCACGGUGCAGGAGACGCUGUUGGGGCGUUACUUCUCGUUCGUGCACCCCAGCUUCCCAGUCGUUCACAAAAUCUCGCUGCUGGACUCGUUCUCGCGUGGCAAGGUUCCGCCUCUGCUUCUUCUAGCCAUGUUCUCGCUUGCCGCGCGGCACGGUCCGCACCCUGCGCUCAGCGAAAACGACGCGAAGAUGUGGCCCGCAGGAGACUCGUUUCUGUUCCGCGCAAAGACAUUGCUGGACGGCUCGUACGCGUCGUCGCGCGCCAGCACAUGCCAGGCGAUGCUGUUGAUGGGAUUCCGGGAGAUCGGGAUCGGAGCCAUGGCGCAGGCGUGGAUCUACAUCGGCAUGGCGGUGCGAAUGGCGCAGGAUCUCGGCAUGCACCGGGAUGCCAGCGGGUGGGCACGGGCUGGCGUCAAGGAUUCGGAUGGGAAGCUGUUCUCGGCGGCGGAGAUAUCCGAGCGGCGCCGGAUCUGGUAUGCAUGUGUUGUAUUGGAUAAGUACGUGAGCACGUACAUUGGGCGACCGCUCGCCAUCUUCGAGCGCGACUUUGACACACCACUGCCCGACGAAACAGUGGAAGCCGAGGAGAGCGAAGAGUGGAAACCACAAGAUCCACGACCCAGCUAUGCCAUCUCGUGCUUCAGUGCGUCUGCGCGCCUUUCCAACAUUCUUGGGCGUGUCGUCGAGAGCAUCUAUGCGCUCAAACCCGCCAGCAGCCGGCACUCGGAGCUGGUUGUGCUUGAUGCGGAGCUCGACAAGUGGAGAAUCUCGCUUCCCUCGCAUCUCCAGCAUGUGCCAGGGUCGCGGCCUGCACCGUUACCGCAUGUCCUGACGUUGCAUAUGCAGUAUUGGUGUGCUGUGCUGUUGCUUCAUCGGCCAUUUAUCCGAAAAACGGGGUCGAGGAUGCCGAGUCCUGCACCGGAGAACACCGAGUCUCGGGGUCGAGCGGAGCGCAGCUACGAGCAGUGCGCUAGUGCCGCCAACCACAUCACCACGAUCGCUGGACUCUAUUCUGAAACAUACACCCUUAAGCACUGCGCCGCGUUUCUGUGCUACUACAUCUUCACUGCGGCGAUCAUGCACGUGAGCUCUGCGACACUUUUCCCGGCUAACCCUCAAGCACGGAUCGGGUUGGGGAAGUGCAUGGACGCGCUACGGGAGAUGCAGGUUGUGUGGCCCGGUGCCGCUCGCGCACUGGAGCUCCUGCGCGGGGUGCAGUUCGAGCACGACGAUCACGACAUGUCGGGCGAGACUGUUGCGCCGCGACACCGCAAACGGUCUGCGACGCAGACGCUCGACGACUUCCGUCCGUUCGCCGCGUACACGUCCGCGGGUCACUACGCACUGGAGCACUACCCCACGUCAUAUGCUCCCAAUCGGUGGUCGGCCUCGGCCUCGGCGUCGUCGGGGGCCUACCAGUCGCCCUCGACAGCGGUGAUGGGGCCAGGAUACACUGUGGACGAGACACGCCAGCCGCGGUAUCAGCAGUCGCCGCAAUAUUGGGGUGCGACCGACUACGCCACUUACCAGCCCGUUUACGAGGAUGUGUAUAACCAUUAUAAUAUGUAUUCGCAGUGACCGUCGUAAUUCGUAAUAUUCCUUUAUCCUUCCUCCCUCCUUCGCUAUCGAGUUUCGAGUGUCUCGCUUAGAUUGAACCAUUUGUAUCCCCUAGUUGCCCUCUUUCUGCAGUGGACUUGUUAUAAUCCUAAUUAGAGCUUCUGUUCAAAGGACUUUCUCAAUGUAAACACGCUGGAUUGCCUCGAGCUCGUUGUACGACAUCAUCUAGCUGUGUCUUGGGAACAGCACUCGAAUAACCCCGCGGACCCAAUCUUCGCACCCGCGUUUCUUGCUCGAAUGCAUACGCUAGCUGAAUCAGGGUGAAUUCAGAGUAUGCCGUGCCGAAGAAAGUCAAGCCAAAAGGCAUGCCCGGUGCUGGGAAGAAUGUCCCGGCCCCCAUCGG